UUGAAGGCAGUCGUGAAUGGGCUGAGGCUGACUACACUUUUUGCAGCUUGCUUCUUACAGAAUGCCCAAGAAGCCCACGAGCAAUAAAACUAUAAUUUUGUUGUCCUCAGCUUAAACAUGCAUGCGGACGUCCUGGUAAUUGUUGUGGUUCUGCUAAUUGCUGCGGUUAUUCCUGAAAGCCUCUUGCAGUUUACAAGACACCGCACCAGUCCCUGUAAGCUCUCCGUGAGGAAAUCGGAAAACCAGUGCCGAUCUCGGGAUGGUCUAGUCUGCAGCGGACGAGGGUGGUGUGAAUGUGGAAGGUGUGUCUGCCUCGUCAGCGAGCCAGGGACAUUCUAUGGUUCCCGAUGCGAAUGCCAAGACUGGAUCUGUGAGAGAUUUAAUGGGAAAGUUUGUGGAGGUCAUGGAAAAUGCAACUGUGGAAAAUGCAAGUGUGACGAUGGCUGGUUUGGUGAUGCAUGCCAUUAUCCCAAAACAUGCAGCAUUCCGAAGACGAGGAGCAAUGAAAUGUGCCGAAGUGCGGAUGGGCUGAUAUGCUCCCAUGCAGGCACUUGUCACUGCGGGUCCUGCAUCUGCAAUAAUUCUGGGAACAACAGGUUCAUUUAUGGGAAGUUUUGUGAAUGCAAUGAUGAAGAUUGCAUUGACGAUGAGACCAGUGAGAUUUGUGGAGGCCAUGGAGCGUGUUACUGUGGUAACUGCUACUGCAUGCCUGGUUGGCAUGGCGAUAAAUGCGAAUACGAGUGUGACAUUACACCGUGGGAGAGCAGGAGGAAAUGUACAUCACCAGGUGGUCAGAUCUGCAGCAACCGAGGCAACUGUAUCUGUGGUGAAUGUGUGUGCUAUGACCUGGAUCCCAGUGGGGAGUAUGGCGAUAUUCACGGGGAGACAUGCGAAUGUGAUGAGAGAGACUGCCUCACAGUUUACGACAGAUACUCUGAUGGCUUCUGUUCAGGCCACGGACAAUGCAAUUGUGGAAGGUGUAACUGCCAGGAGGGCUGGACCGGCCAAACGUGUGACCAUCCUGUCUCCUGCCCCAUCUCACCUGAGAAAAGUACACAAAAAUGCCAAGGGAAGUCUAAGUUGCCCUGUUCAGGCAGAGGGAAAUGCCAGUGUGGCCAGUGUUCCUGCUUCCCCCCUGGGGAUGACCGAGUCUACGGGAAACUCUGUGAAUGUGAUGAUCGCCAGUGUGAGGACACUGAUGGAAUCAUCUGCGGUGGGAAUGGCAUCUGCUCGUGUGGACGGUGUAUUUGUGACGACGACUGGUUUGGGAAACACUGCGAACAUCCCAGAGCCUGCAGCAUGUCGGAGGAAGAGAGCAGGAGUCUGUGUGAGUCUCCUGAAGGGUUAAUCUGCUCUGGAAAAGGUUCCUGUCACUGUGGCAAGUGUAUGUGUGGUUCUCUCCAGCAAUGGUACAUCUCAGGCCAGUUCUGCGAGUGCGACGAUCGGCAGUGCGAUGAAUACCAAGGCAUCAUUUGUACAGGGAAUGGAGUCUGCAACUGUGGGAUCUGCGACUGCUGGGACGAAUGGACCGGGAAUGCUUGUGAAAUCUGGAUCGGUUCAGGGAGCUACUGAAGAGUCAACAGCUUUCAUAUCCUUAAUCAUCUGUGGUGGAAACUAAGCCACUUUUUAUGCUCAAGGAUAUUUUGAGAUGCACUGUCUUCACCACUCCACAUCGUUACUUGCUAAUGUUUCCAUUUUAGGACAGUUGCUUUCCAUGUUCCAGAGGAAGGUAACCGCUUCAUCACCAAUGCUCCAGCGUAAAUGGCAGGAUGACCUUUAAUAAAUAAUAGUUAUUGGCCUGGGGAAUCUGACAAGCAUAUUACUGUCGGGCAUGAUGCGUUAUAAUGACUAGCUUCAGUAACUUGCCAUUUACAGAUACAGUGACAAACAGUUUCCUUGUAUGCAAAGCAAACUCUUAGGAAUUGAGUUACAAAAAUGUUUUUUGGGUAAUUACUAAAUGAGCGAAAGGCUAAUUAUGAGGAGAUACUGUUGACAAUAAAUCUGCAAAUGGCUGAGAGUUUUAACGCAUCUACUGAUGAAUGUUUCAAUAACCCUGGAUUUGUACAGGGACUAAUAGUCAUUGAUUAAAUGAUUUGAACAGCAGUUACAGCUUGCUUAUACUGUCUAUGUUUUAGCGUGCCUUUAUAAAGAGUUACUUGGACUUUGAAUAAAAUGAAUGACACACCGAAGCGUUUGCUAAGCCUCUCUGAUUUGUAAACAAUUCCAAGAAAUUGAUUCACCUGCACAACAACGAGCAAACAAGAAAAUUUUCUUCAUUAAAAUUCUCU